AUGCUAACUAGAUAUGACUUGAAGGAAGUGAAGAACGUCUACAAUCUUGUCAAGAAUCUUUCAGGUGUUGAAGAUAUGACCAUAUCAUGGAAUUCUCUAAAGCUUAUAUAUAAUUUGCAUUAUAUGAAACCACCUCCCAAAUUUCAUGGCUUGACUCGUUUGCGUGCCACUAUGCGCUUAAACGCAUCCCCUAAACUAUUGCCAAUCCUUCUCAAGAACUGUCCCAAUCUGAAACACUUGACUUUGGAAUUGUUUACUAAAGAUUCUCCAUAUGCAGAGAGUACUAGACUCUCCACCACUGUGCUGCCUAGUUGUUUGGUAUCGUCUCUUGAGUCUGUUGAAAUGGAAAGUCCGGUCACGGAGGUGGCUACUGAACUGAAACUGGCUAGAUACUUUAUGAAGAAUUCUACUACACUCAAGAAGCUAGUGCUACGUUUGAAUGAGUGUACACUCAAGCCUUGUGUCUUGGAACAACUCGUGAAAUCUUUUAGGAGCUAUGGUUUGUGUCAGUUCGAAGUUAUUCCAGUGGCUCCAACUCCGAAUCCAUGGCCUCAUGAGGGGUAUUUAGGUGUCUCUUCUAGUUCUUCAGUUCGAGAGGGACGAGAACAAGCUGUUAACAGAGGAGAAGACUUGAUAAGCUUAUUACCUGAACCUUUGUUAUGUCACAUACUCAGCUUUCUCACCACUGAGCAAGCGGUUUGGACAAGUGUUUGGUCCUCUAGAUGGAGACAUCUCUGGAAAUGGAUUCCUAGGUUAGAACUAGACACCUCUGACUUCACAAAUGACCAAGUCUGUGUUGAUUUCAUCCACAAGUUUCUGACUUUCCAAGGCAAGCACUACUUGCGUGAGUUCAAAUUAACCAUUGACCACGAUGUCUUUGGUGGCGAUGCUUCGCUUUACGAGCCGUGUCUCGGUAGAGUGUUGGAUAUGCGGAAGUUUGAACGUUUCCAAGUCGAGAGUAAGUUUGAACAUGGUGGCAUUGAUGACUUCCGGACACCCUUAACUCUUCCUGCUGUGUGUGAGGCAUUGGUCUCCUUAAAGCUCCAUUACGUUAGGCUAACGAAUGAUUUUAUGUUUCUUUCCUUGCCCUGUCUCAAGAUCAUGUUCUUGGAAGACGUUGUUCUCCCUAGCGACAUAGCUGCUGAAGCUCUAAUCUCCUCCUCUCCUGUUCUAGAAGUUUUGAAGAUUAGCCUCAGUAGAUAUGAUUUUGUAGUAGCGUUACGUGUCUGCUCAACGUCGCUAAAGAGCUUCACUCUAAAGCAAGUGAAACCUGCUGAUGAUGAUGAUGAUGCUGUUUUACAUUCAGUUGUCGUUGAUGCACCGAAGCUUGAGUAUCUGAGUCUCGUGGAUUACUACCGUGUCAGAAGCUUUAAGAUAACCAGUGUGGCUGAGUCUUUCAAGGUUGAUAUCAAUGUCGUGUUUGGGCUGAUGAUUGAUUACUUGUUGGAAAAUAAGAUCGUCUACGAUCUUCUCAAGAAUUUUUCAGGUGUUAAAGAAAUGACCAUAUCAUGGAAAACUCUGGAGUUUAUAUAUCCUUUAUAUCAGACGAACCCAGUUCCCAAAUUACAUCACUUGACUCGUUUGCGUGCCACUAUGUGCUUAAACGCGUCCCCUCGACUGUUGUCAAUACUUCUUGAGAGCUGCCCCUGUCUGAAACACUUGAAAUUGGAAUUGUUUGUUACUAAUUAUUCAAUUAGAAGGCUGUCUGAACUCUCCACUGUGCUGCCUCGUUGUUUGGUGACGUCUCUUGAAUCUGUUGAAAUGGAAAGCCCUGUCACGGAGAGAGCUACUGAACUGAGAUUGGCUAGAUACUUUAUGAAGAACUCUACAACACUCAAGAAGCUCGUGCUACGUUUGAAUGGGUCUACUGGAGAGAAACACAAUCCUGGUGCCUUGGAACAACUCAUUGACUCUCCAAGACGCUCUAGUUUGUGUCAGUUUGAAGUUGUUCCAGUGGUUCCAACUCCAAAACCAUGGCCUGAGUGGUUAGGUGUCUAUUCUAGUUCUUCAGUUCGAGAGGGAGGAGAACGAUUUGUUAACAAAGGAGAAGACUUGAUAAGCUUAUUACCUGAACCUUUGUUAAUUCACAUACUCAGCUUUCUCACCACUGAACAUGCUGUUUGGACAAGUGUUCUGUCCUCUACAUGGAGACAUCUCUGGAAAUUGGUUCCAAAAUUAGAACUAGACACCUAUGAUUUCACUAAUGACAAGUGUUGUGUUGAUUUCAUCCACAAGUUUCUGGAUUUACAUGGCAAGCCUUACUUGCGUGAGUUCAAGUUGACCAUUGACCACGAUAUCUUUGGUAGUGAGGCUUCUCUCUACGAGGAAUGUAUUAGUAGAGUUGAUAUGCGGAAGCUUGAACGUUUCCAAGUCGAGAAUAAGUUCAGACGUGGUGCCUUUGCUGACUUCCGAACAUGCCUAACACUCUCCGUGUGUGAGGCAUUGGUCUGCUUAAAGCUCCAUUUCGUUAGUCUGAAUGAGUUCGAGUCUCUUUCUUUACCCUGUCUUAAGAUCAUGUACUUGGAAGACGUUGUUCUGCCUAGUGACGCGGCUGCUGAGGCGUUAAUCUCAUCCUCUCCGGUUCUUGAAGUCUUGAAGAUAUGCCUCAGUAGAGAAGAUUUUGUGGUAGCGUUACGUGUCUGCUCACUGUCGCUUAAGAGCUUGACUUUGAAACGAGUGGAAGCUAUUUAUCCUCGUGGACAUUCUGUUUUGAUUGAUGCACCGAAGCUUGAGUAUCUGAGUCUCAUGGGUUUUUAUCAUUUCAAAAGCUUUGAGAUAAUCAGUAAGGCUGAGUCUUUCAAGGUUGAUAUUGAUGUUGAGUUUGAGCUGUUGACUGAUUACUCUUUGGAAGAGAAGAUCAUCGACAAUCUUCUCAAGAGUUUUUCAGGUGUUAAAGAUAUGACAAUGGCGUGGCAAACUCUGCGGGAGCUUGUUAUUGAGUCUCCAUAUGCAGAGAGUACUAGUCUCUCCACUGUGCUGCCUCGUUGUUUGUUAUCGUCUCUCGAAUCUGUUGAAAUGGAAAGCCCUGUCACGGAGGUGGCUACUGAACUGAGAUUGGCUAGAUACUUUAUAAAGAACUCUACAACACUCAAGAAGCUCGUGCUACGUUUGAAUGAGUCUACUGGAGAGAAACACAAGCCUGGUGUCUUGGAACAACUCAAGAAAUAUUCAAGGCGUUAUGGUUCAUGUCAAUUCAAAGUUCUUCCAGUGGUUCCAACUCCAAAUCCAUGGCCUAAGUGGUGUGUUUAUGUAAAAUCUAAUAGGUUCUAA